AUGCCGAGUAUUCUACAAUUUCAACUCUGUUCACUGAGAUCGGAUUCUACUAUAUACAUUCUCGUGGUGAUACUCGGCAUCUGUCACUAUGGUAACGGGUAUCCUGGUGGGGCACCCGACUCGGCGUGUGGAGCGAUGUUUCCCUCGGGUCACUCUGCACCACCCCAGGGAUCGUCACCCCCAUAUAGAAUAAUUCUGGCCAAGAAAACCUAUUCUCCUGGUGAAACAGUCAAAGUGAUAAUCGAGGCGAAGAAGGGACAUUAUUUUAAGGGAAUUUUGCUUCAGGCUAGAAAUAUCGGCUGUAACGUAAACGGAUCGGAUAUAGUCGGAGUUUUUACAGCCAAUGAUAAUGAACUAGAAACUAAACAUUGUUUUGGAAAAGUUCAUUCAUCUGUCACUCAUAAUUCCAACUCGCCAAAAAGAACGAAGUUUAUUUAUUGGACGGCACCUGUUCAUUCUGCCGGUCACGUUAUAAUACGGGCAACGCUAGUAGAAGAUACGAGCACGUUUUGGAUUAAUGUAGUCUCGGAUAUAUUGGUAGACCUCCAUUCUAGAGACACACCUAAAUGUAUUCAAUCAACAGUGUUUCCUAUAUUUCCUGUAAAAGGUGUAGCUUAUAGUGGUGUUUAUAGUGCGGCCAGUACUCGGAAAUAUACAGUAUAUGAAUUGAUGACUAUUCUAGUAACUUGCUACGUGAUAAACCUAUCUAAGUGAAUACACCGACAAGUUAAGUAAACUGAAGAUACUUACUUUUGUUCUGGGGACGAUUAAAAUCAUAAACACCAGAGAAAUCUGCUUUAUUUACAAAUAAUCUAAAUGUGACCGUAGAACAAUAUCUAGACUUGAUCAACCUAGACUUAUCAACGAAUAUAUUGAUCUUACACAGAACUAGUUCUUCAGGACCUUGCGACUUACAAAAUCUUAAAC